UAUUAUGCGUAAAAUGAUAACUGAUAAUUAUAAAACGUAAAAACUAGAAACGCCUAUAUGUUUAAACAAAUAUUAACUUACUGUGACCAAAGUUUUCGGCGAUGUCAUUUAUAACGAAAAGGGAGCGUGUGUUCAAUGAAUAUGAUCUAUUCGACCUACCGGCACGAAAUGAGGGUAAACUGAAAGCCUACUCAUCAUGCACGGACGCGAGAGCUUGGUCUCACUUCUGUUCGGACAAAACAGAACAUUUAGUAGAGAUCAUAAAAAGGAAUAAUGAAACACAUCGACCCAAAUAUAUACCGACCGACGUGAUUGUCAAUACUUUGAUGACAUCCAAGAAUGCGGAGAUCGCUCGAUUGAAACGAAAAAUAGGAGAAUUUGAACAAAUGUUGGCUGCUUACGACGAUUUGGAUCUAACGUGUGAACAAAAAUGUGAUAUAGCUAAUGCUCAUGCAGCUAUUAAGGCAGCCAAUAAGGAACUAGACGAAAUGUGGCUUGACUUGGAUCUUUCUGGUUUCACAGAGGGAAUCGAUUCAGAAGCGUUUGAGACUGGAAAAUCAAGAGGGGACGAGCCCAGUCGAUAUACGGGAGAGACUGGAAAGUCACGUGGUGAUGAGUGGAUUAUGGGAAAAGUAUCAACACCGAAGAUGGAAACGAAAAGCAAUCAAAUUGAAACGUAUAAAAUAGACGCGAGUACAUCUGCUCAUGAUAAAAGAAUCGAUGAAUUACAAGAAACUAUAAUAUGCAAAGAUGCCAAGUUAAAUGCAAUGCAAAAUACUAUUGCGGUUAUGGAAAACGAUGUUUGUGAACCAUAUUGCAUUUACGCGCAUAUUUAUACAGCACUAGAGAAAAUAUUCGCAACGUUAUGCCAAAAUGAAAAAUAUAAACAAUAUUUAGAUUUAUUGACUAAUGGGAAAGAUACGAGAGGCAUAGAUGUUAAAGGGAAAAUUAUUUUUAAAAUAAAAGUUUUAGAGAAAUUCAGCCUUGCUUUAAUUGCUCCUUGCACACAGGAAUCAAGUUCUGUAAAACAAGAUUGCUCAUGUUAUCGUGCUGAAAUUGUAACACGUGUAGAGACUGCUUUUGCAUUAACGUCUGCUGAGAGCAAAAUACCCAGUUUAGAUACUAAAAGAGCACAUCUUGUUGCUGACAUCAUGCAAAAUGAAGAUAUGAAAGAGAUACUUAGCAAGGAAAGCUUAUCUCAAAAAAUUGAAGACGAUCAAUUAGAUGAAUGUUUUGUAGUUGAUGACGACAAUUUGAACGUAAAAAACCUUAAACGUUUAAAAAAUUUACAAUUGAAUUAUGAUGACUUAUUACAAUGUUAUGAUAACCUGAAACACGAAAGAGAUAGCCUUAAUUCACGUUGUCAAAAAUACUUUGAAUUAGAAAAUGAGUUUGAAUGCUUACAAAAUAAACUAAAGGAAUAUAAUGAAUUAUGGAAAGACAGAGAAUUUUAUCGCAAGCGUUCGGAAGAUCUCGAUGCAUUAAAAGAAAAUUACUAUGUACUUUCUGAAGAGACAGCGAAUAUAGAAACACAAUUAAAGGCUGAACAAGAAAUCAACAAAAAUAAAUCUGUCACCAUUGAUGAACUAAGAAAUGAAAAUAUCAGACUUGAAAAUAGAAUAAGUGAAAUCUGUUUGUCUUAUGAAAAGCAAAGAAAUGUUUUCAUUUGUAAAUUAAAAGAAUGUGAGUGUAAAAUGAUGUGCCAGGAACAACAAAUAAAAAGCCUCACAAAUCAAAUCGAUAGUAUAUUGAAUGGAGAUAGCAACAAUAUUCUUCAAAAUGAAGAUGAUACACAAACUAUGGAACUAAUGGAUGAAAUAAAAUCACAAAAGGAACAAAUAAUAAACUUAAAGGAUGCUUUGUGUUGUAGUGAAGAGGAGAAACAAUAUUUUCAUGAGGAAUUUGAAAGAAAACUUGAAGUCAUCAAUGAGUUAAAGCUAGAAAUAGAGGCUUGGAAAAGCAAAUACGAAGAAACUAAUCAAUAUUUAGGAAACUAUUUAGAGAAAUGCCAAAUGCAAAUAAAUGAAUUAAAAGAUAGUAAUAAUAGUACUGUGGAAAAUUUAAAUUACAUCAUAAAUAGUAAAUCACAAGAAAUAAAUGUUUUAACUGAUGAGCUAGAUCGUAAAAAUGUUGAAAACGAGAAUCUCGUAAGACAAGUAAAAAGUAUAUACAACGAUUUCGAAAAUAAAGUGACAUUACUCGAAAGUGAAAAGAAGAUUGCAAUAAGCUCGAUUCAUUCCGCAAAAAAAGAAAGUUUAGAAAUCCUUCAAAAUGUCAAAAAUUACGAAAACACUAACACUGGGGAAAGUAAUGAAAGUGUAGAAAUGAAAUACCAAACAAAAAACAAUAGUCCAAAAAGGUUUAUCGAUCAAAGUUUAGAUAGUGAUAAUGUAUAUUUCUUAAAAGAAAUUCAAUUAUUGCGUGAAAUAAACCAAGAAAGUGUACAUAUUUUACAGAAUGAAAAUAUGCAACUUAAAAGGUCCUUUGAAGAAAUCAAUCACGAAACAGAAAAAAUGAAAAUGGAACUUCACAAACAAGACGAUUUUAUACAAAAAUUUAAUAAAUUAAAAGAAAGCCACGAUCAUCUUUUAAAUGAAAAAGAAAAGCUACAAAACGACUUACAUAACAAAACGUUUGAACUGGAAAACAUACUUCAUGCCUUUCAACUAACAAAAAAAGAAAGUGAAACUUUGAUAGAUCAGUUACAUAAAUCUGAAUGUUUUCAAGAAGAGUACAUAAAGUUAAACGAGGCUUAUCAAAAAUUAAUAGCCGAUAGAAUUUUUUUACAAAAUAAAUUGUCAAAAGUAGAAAAAGAGUUAGAAGAUUCACUUAAUGCUUAUAAUAGUAUAAGUAAAGAAAAUGAAGUUUUGCAAUUAAAUUUAACGGACAAAAUAAAUAUAGAACAAUCUUUUUCUAAUCUAAAAGAAAAUUACAAAAAAUUAAAAGACACAAACACUAUUUUACAAAAAGACUUUUACAAUAAAACUGCCGAAAUAAACGAUUUAUACAACGUCUUAGAAAACAAAAAUAAGGAAAAUGAACAUUUAAAUGAAAAAAUUAAAAAUUUUGAAAUUCAAGAACAGGAAGCUGCAUGUAGUAUAAAUUCUUUAAAAGCUAAUGGUUCAAAUAUGAAAUUAAAAUUAAAUUCUUUAACGAAUGAUUAUGCACACUUAGAAAGAAAUUUUAACAACUUGACUGAAACUUACGGAAAACUAAAACUAGAGAAAGAAAACUUGCAAAAAGAUUUAGAAAAACAACUAGAAGUUUUGAAUAAAUUACAACAAGAAAAUAACAGUUUAAAUAAUGAAAGCAAAAAUCUAUUAAUACAUAACGAAGACUUAGAAAAGGCACUGAUACAAGUCCGUGUAGAGAAUUCCACGAAAUCUGAAUCUCUACAUGUUUGCUAUCACGAUAUUAAAAAAGAAAUAGAUAAUCUUCGAGAAGAAAAAAUAUCUUACCAUAAAAAGAUAACAGACUUACUUGAUAAAUUAGAGGAAUCGGAGUUUCUUACAAGUGAUCUUUCAGAACAGAUUAUUAGCAAAGACAAAAAAAUAUCUACCUUAGAAAACCACAUCAACGAAUUAGAAGAUGAAAUAAGAAAACUCCAAUACAAUCUAAAUGAAGUAAUUGAAUCCGGGGAACAAAUAAGACAGCUUAGCUACGAAAGAAUUGAGCAAUCUUUUAAGACGAUAGAGGCCCACCAUUCAAAGGCAACACAUAACAUGAAAAUGGAUUUGGCUCAACUUGGAGGAACGGAGGACUCAUUUGAAGAUGAAAAUAAGUACCUCAUACAAAUGAAAGACCUAAAGGAUGAAAGACUAGCAAUUAUUUCCAAAAUAAAAGAAUUAGAGCUAAGAUAUCUUGGAGAUACUAACUUGUCUAAGAUUAACAGCACACUCAAAGAUGUAAUGGUAUCGUUGAAUCGGUUGAAUAAAUAUAUUAGCGAAAAAAAUAGUUCAUUUACAACAACUUUAUCUAAUGUACAAGCUUCUUAUCAAUUACUUAAAUCCAAAGCCAAAGAAGCUAAGAUUAUUGCAGAAAAAGAAAGAGAAAAUAUAAUUCAUGAAAAAGAAGAAAUACAUAGGGAAAGAAAAAAACUCGAAGAACAUUUAGAUAACCUCAAAAGUGAAAAAAAAAAUUAUGAAAAGUUUAUAAAUGAUUUAGAAGGAGAAAUUAUGAAUCAAAAGUUAAUUUUUAAUCGAGUUAAGCAAUUGAAUGAAUGUGAUAUUACGAAAUUAAAAGAAGAAAAUUUAUCUCUUCAGGAUCAGUACGAUAAUUCCUUAAACGUAAUUGGAGAAUUACAAGAAAAACUUAACACUGAAAUUACAGACAAAAAUAGAUACCUAGAUGAUAUAGAAAAGUCAAAAUCUUUCAUAGAAGAAAAAAAUAAGCAAAUUGCUGAACUACAAACGUAUUUUGAAGAAAUAAAAAAUAAACCUACCAAAAAUUUUACAGCUCAGACAGAUCUACUUUCAAGUACUAAAGAUGUUUACUCUCAAACUGACACCCAAAGCAAUUUAAUAGAAUGUACGAAUGAAAAUAAUUUAAAUAUGUUAACAGCGUCUAUUGAAAACGCAUCCGAAAUAUUAAAAUUGAAUAAGGAACAAGGAAAUUUCAAUCUUACUGAUUUUUUUAAAACGGAAGACGGAAAGCUCACUGUUGAUUGCGUAAAAUAUAUCUAUAUGAACUAUAAAGUAAAAAGACUUAGUCUUGGUAGACUAGAGCAGUAUUCAAUAGCUGAUCUACAUAAAAAUGAAAUGUUGGAUGAUAAUGAACGGAAGUUAUUAAAUAAUUUAAACUCAUCGGUUAAUAAUGAUAGCGUUCUCGACAUUUGCAGUACACAAAUGCUAACCAGUACUACUGAAAACAAUUGCGACGAUGAUAACUGCAUGAGUAAGGAUCAAACUGAAAGUUUUAAGUCGUGCAGCAAUGAUAAAAAACACAAAAAAUAUGAAAAUGAUUUCGAUAGCAAUAAUAGCUUUAAAGAAAAAAUUGCAUUUGAUGAUUCACCUGCAUCAACAGAUAAGGACAUGUUUUUAAUUUAUAAAGAAAGCCAAAGCAUUUUUGAUGAACAAGCUAACAACGAAAACAAACCAUGGCCUCAAAACGAUUUGAUAAAUAUGAUUGUGGAGAGAGCAGUUGUUCACACAAAUAAAGACCUACUUCAAAGGAGACAAAAGAUCGUAAAAGAUACAAAGAAACAUCCAGAUGACGAAAAGAAAUACGAUGAUAGUAUUAAAACGAAACUUAAAAUUAAUUUACCGACAGUAUUCACAGAUUUCUCGACUUCCACUGUAUCAGAUGCAGAUACAAAGUCUUUAGAUUCAUAUAAUCGACCAAUUAAUGCUUCUUCUAGAUGGGUAAUACAUUCAGAUACUAAAAUUAAUAAUAAUAGCUCCAAAAACACGAAUGAAUCUAAUAUUGAUUAUACACUUUUGAAUAUAACCGAUGAUCAAGUUAUUGAUCAUAAUAAGAUAAUUUCUAAGAAUAAUAAUGAGCAUUCGAAACAGAAAACGCAAACCAGAAGCUUUAAAAGAAAACAAUAUAGAUAUAAUGAUGUUAAUACUACAACGAUUCAAAUUGGAGAAACACAAUCACCUGUCAAGUCAAUUUGUAACAGUAAUUCAAAUCCUACUUUGUCUCGUAUUAACGGUAAUACUACGGUUUUAAAAGAUGUACGUAAUAACACAAAUGAACCAAAGCGUAAUGGAAGUAAUUAUAGACUCAACUACGUUUUGGACUAUGUACAAAAUGAUAUAGAUUUUAUUAAUAAUCUAAAUUUAGAUAAUAUUAAGCCAUUGCGAAAAAGUUACAGUGAAAAAAGAUUUAGCAAUAAAAGUGAAUUCUCGGAAUCUGGAAAAUCUAGUGUAUUAAAAUCCUCACCUGAACAAUCCAUAUCAACAAAAUCGAAUUCAAAAACAACCAACGCAGUCACUGAUCGUGGCAUAUUAGUAAAAUUAGAUGUAGCUGAAGUUGAUUAUCAAAAUAAAAUACAGAAACUUACUGACACGAUGAAAGUUUUAGAAAAACAUUACAAAAAUAAAUUAGAUGCUGUUAAAACUCAAUACGAAAAUAACAUUAAGCACAUUAUAAGUGAACAUAAUCAAGGAGUUGAGAAUAUUCAAAAUCUUCACGAAGAAGCAGUAAAUGAAAUAUUAAAUAAACAUGGAAAUGAAAUAGAAAACCUCAGAUCUAUGAGUAUAGAAGCCAUGCGUAAAGCAGAAAAACUUGGGAAUGAAAAUCGUUGCUUAAAAUCAAAACUUAAUAAUAAUAUGACUUUGGACGAGAUUCCAGUCAAAAUUCUAACACCGGAAUUGAAAAAGAAAAAAGGCAGAACUCGUACAGAAAACAAAACGUUAACUAAAACAAUCGUAGACGCUUUUAAUGUGAAACCAAAAAAGAGAUCACAUGGCCCCUGUACUUGCUCACUUGAUAUUAAUAUUUCUGACACUAUUCGUAAUAUAUUCGAACAAGUUGAUGUUGAUCAGCGGAAAAUGGCAGAGAUAGCGUAUUUAAAAUAUAUUGCUAACAAAAUAUUAAACGAUACUGUUGAAGUGUUGGAUGCUCAGGAGCUAUCUUUUUUGCAUUUGAAAGUAUGUCGCACAUGGAAAGCAAGACUAAAUAAGGAAGAAACUCACAAGAAAAGAAUAAUGAAUAAACACCGGCAAACGCAGAAAAAUAUGGCUGACCUAGAUCGUAAGGUAGCAGAAGAAUGGCGUCGUCUACAGGAAGUAAGAGAGGCGGUUUGCAGAGGUACUCCAAAGAUAUCGCGUGAUAAUAGUCCAGGAUCAACAAAUAAAAUGCCAGCUGUAGCCGAGAAGGAUGUUUGUAACUGCAAUUACUUAAGCAGUAACAUGGAUGUUGAGGAAAGACGUUCCGCUGGAGACCUAGUGCCCAAACAAACAUACACUAAGCCUAAGCGUGGCAAAAUCGAGAGUCAUAGAGCUGUUCUCGCAAAGCUUGAUAUCGAACAGCGUCGAGAGAAGAAACUUUAUAAUGACGAGACACCGACACGUCUAAAACGUUCGCACGAUCGUCAAAAUACACGGACCGCCAAAAAAUAGUCGACAAUUUGAAAACGAAUUCAAAUAAAAUAUCCAAAAACAAUUUCACUUCAUGAAAUAUUCCAUAAUAUUAUGAAAUUAUUAAAACCAGUGUAAAAGUCGAUGUCGGUGUUGUUUUUUUGUAUUUAUU